UCGCGAUGAAAGAUGCCCCGGGCACAUUCAGGAAGCAAGGUCGGAUUGAUAAUCGUGAGAAAGACGAAACGAUCGUCGGAUCAGCUGAGACUCGAAAUACUAUACGCGAACGAGAUAUCGCGAUGCGAACGUCAAUGUAUGCGUGAGAAUGAGGGUGUAUGUAUGUCUGCCUGCGCGUAUCACGAACACUUACUCACGCGUGUUGAACUCGCGCGAGGUGGAGGAAGCAAGGGGGAGAGAGAGCGAGAGACUUCAAUGCUGGAACCACGUGAUCGCCGUGGCUGCAGAGAGGAGUCUCGGAUUUGAUCGAGCCAAUACAACAGUGGAGAAGAGAGAAAGAAGUGAACCACCUCCGAGCAGAAAAAAAAAGAUAAAAAGAUUAAAAGAGAGAGAGAGAGAGAGAAAAGGUUCAAAUUUGUGUCUGGACAAAGACGAACUCUCGACCGAGGAUAGAGCGCUUCACCGAGAUAAACAGAGAACCGGAGAAACAGGAAUGCAGACCGAGUUGGAUAGAAGGCGGGAGGAGGAAAGAUGGAACAACGACGAAGAAUGGAGCAAGAAAGCGACGAAGGAGCCGAAAAUGGGAAAGAAACGGAUGAAGCCGGAGUGAGGGGGAGGCAGGGGAAGAAGGAUAGAAAAUUAUGAGCAGGCAUCGAAAGAAGCGAGAUGGACGAUUCGAAUGCUGCGAGAUGGAAGGAGAUAUUCGUGGUUGAACCGGUGAACAGUUGGAGGGGAAGAGAAGGUAGUAGAGUGGGAGAGAGGUAAGGCAGGAACGCGCAGCUGGAAGGUGGAAGGUGAGCGUCGAAGAGGGAGGUGGAGGAGUAGAAGGGGGUACAUUUGAGAAGGAGAGGGAUAGUACGUACAUGUACGAAUGAGGGACGAGGAGAAAAGAUAGAUAGAUGGUAGGGAAGAGAGCUGAACAGGUAGAAGAGUGAGAAAGAGAGACAUAAAACGAGAAGGGGGCACCGGCUCUCUGGGGGUAAACCGAAGCCAACAAACCCACGUCAGUUCGAAGCCGGAGGGACGCCUGUCCUCCUCGUGCCGUUCCUCGUCUCACUCCGUGUUGAAUCUCACGGGAACCGCGAAGGGAUCAUCCCAAUUAAAAAAAGAAAACUUAAAGCUAUCAGUAUUUUUCUUUUUUUUUCUACAGUGAGUGGUAGAAUUCGAAGAAGCAAAUAUCUCGGAGCAAAUGAUGGGCGUAUGCCCGAUACGAGCUUAAGCGAGGAUCGUUCGAUCGGCUAUUAUCAUUAAUCGGCUGUUUACCAUCGAAUCGCGCGAUCGCCGCGAUUGAAGUGAUCGGGGUUGAAGUGGAGCGCAAUUAAGGCGGUUAACGGAGUCGGGAAUAUCUGUCCGCCGGCGCGACAGGGGCCAAAACCGGUACGAGCGUUCUCCACACGAUAUAGUGCGCCGCCGCCGCCGCCACCGCCGACUCCUCCUUCGUCGCGUACAGCCUUCGGAAGGUGCAUACACCUCCUCCGUUGAGUUUGCCGGUCGUCGUUGUGGUGCACACGGCGUCGUCCGCGCCGUGAGUCCGUCCGUCGCGUGACCGCUCGUAUACCUGUGUCGGUGUAUACAUAUAUAUUUAUAUGUGCGGGCGUAUUCGUGUGCAUAUAUACCUGUGUGCCCCUCGGUGUACAGGUGGAAUGUGCCACCGUGCGCGAGGAUAUACGCUGACGCGUGGAGCCAGCGAAGGGCGAGAUAAGGUCGAGCUGUAAGAUAAAGUGAUCCACGAAGGAAGGAGGAAGAGAAAGAGAAUAAUUCCGGGAAAAAUUGCGAGGCAUAACGAAUUGUCACGCGAGUCGUAAAUAAUUGUGGUUGACACGUGAUGAAUGGAAGGUUGAAGAAUCGAUCGAGGGAUCGAUUGAGAGAAUUCAACUGAAGAAAGAUCUCCCGUAGAUCAAGGAAAAGUCGCGGAGAGAACGAAGGUGGAUUCGGAUUCGCAGACGCGCGUGGGCGUAGGAUCGGCGCGGGAACAAACACGAAGAACGCGCGUCCAUUGUCGGGAUGCUUGAGCAUCGAGAGUGAAGAGACGGUGAAAAAAAAAAAGAAAAAAUCGCGGCGAGAGAAUCGCGGAAAGAAUUUGCUCUCCGCGAAGAGAGAAGAGGCGUAAAUAUUUAAUGACGUCGCGGCAUGAAACGACGGGGUGUGGUAAGGCGAAGCGGAGGAUCGUGUGCGGAAUGUAGAAGCAUCUUGCGAAGGUCAAAUCAAGAGCAAAAGUGUAGACGCGAAUUAAAAUUAAUUGAAAGAAAACGUGAAAAUUCUGAAGAGGGUACUAAAAGCAAGAGAAACUUAAAAAGAUAGGAUUAGAAAUAUUUCGGUGAAAAAAUAUAUAUAAAAAAAAUAUAUAUAUAUAUAUAUAUAUACCAAGAAGAAGGAAGCUGAUAUUGAAAGGAUAAGAUCUAUCAAACGUAAGCAGGAAGACGACAGGUUGGGAGAUAAUGAAGAGUAUUUAGUUACGAACGGUUCAACGUCGAGGUCGAAGGAAAACGGAAGAUCGUGAGUGCGGGAGCGUCAAUUGAGAUUCUUGGGCCGUACGUAGCUUCGUCGCGCGAGCAUCGUCUAUGAGGUUUGAGCGAAGGACGAAUCGUUGAGAGGACCACGCCAUGAGAAUCCUCAAAACGCUACACUGGUCCCGAAGGCGUAGCGGUAGUGGCGUGACGGACAUACACUCUCAGCAACAGCAACAGCUGCAAGAGAACAACAACAGCAGCUCGCGCGACGCGAAGAAGCCGCAGGAGGGACUGGGGCCCGAUGAGAUGUGGGCCCCUGGCGCCCUGGGCCAUCAUCGGGAGCUACCUGUUGAUGUGCCCGACACCCUUUUACAGAAGGCCUAUCCCAACAAGGUAAAGAACCGCUCUUCCGAUUAUAGGAACGGGCUACAGCAUCGUCCCCGUAGCGCUAGCGACCUCGACCUAUCCCUAAACCUUAAAAACGAGACCCUUAAGACGCGCACCACACCCGCGAACGGACGCAUUAGACUCGUAUCGAACGACGACGUCGACGCCGCCCCACGGACAAUCAACGGUCUUCAGCCCAUGUUGAAGAUUGAGCUAAAGAUCGAGGACGAGGAGGAGAAGAAAGUAAAAGUCGCCAAGAAGGAUUCGGCAAGUAUGGACAAAUAUCGCGACAGUCCAAUCGUGAUCGAUUCGCCAGUUUUGAAGAGUGACCUGAAAGUUCUCGGGGAGUACGAGAACGUCGACGAGGACGCGAACGGACAGAAGGAGUCCGGUAUCGACGUCGAAGACGACUAUCCGUUCGCCAAGGAAGAUUAUCCCACCAUGCUGAAGACGUGCAGCGACGAUUCCGCGAGUCCGAGGAGCUCGUCAGGUAGAUCGGAUAGCACUGCGCCUUUGGAUACUAGCUUGAGGUGUGAGCAAAGGCAUAGCAAGAAUAAGGAUAAACAUAAGGACGUGCGACAUACGUUGUAUGAUGUACGAAGGAUAGAUCUUGGCUCCCCGUGCAGAUCGGUGAUACCCGACAUUAAGAUAGCUCCGCUUUUUGGUCGCACUCGGGAUACAACAUCCUUUGAUAAUCCGGCUUAUGGACUAACAGAUCUGCAAGACCUUCAGGGUCUACUGCGAUCCGACGAGGCCUCGGAUAUGACCAGAUUGAUAGACGAUCAGUGUUCGUCUGUCCCGAGGAUUCCGAAGGAACAGGACAAGGCAUCGCCUGUGCGCGUGGAAGACCAACAAAUGGAAUCUUCCCGAACAACGACGGAGCACUCGGCGAACAAGUCUGGCGCGAAAAACACGAAGCGUCGCGGGAAUGUCGACGAGCGUGCCAAGCUGAAGGCAAAAUCACGUAGCCUCGACAUCGAGGAACUGAUCCGAACCGGUUCGACCGAUGAUCUGCUCGGCAUCGAGCUGAGCCAUCUCUCCUCCUUGUCCUCCUCGUCGACCCGGCCCAAGAAGAAACAUAGGCAUCAACAAAUCUCCAGCGGCUACUCCACGCUUAGAAGCGAAGCGUCGGGCGAUCUCGAGCGUAAUGGCAUAGAUCGCAGUUUUUUUGUGGUCUCGAACACUUAUCGCGAGGUAGCCGUUGACUGUCCGCCAGAUUUCGUGCCGGUCACCAAGCGCCAUCCGGUAUACCCGCCGCCUAAUAAGACCACCACGCCCGGCAACAGCAAGCACAACACUCUCGAGCCAAAACGCGAUCGCGAGAGCAAGGGGGGCACGUGCACCCCUGCGACAACGACGAUGACGACACCAAUCACGACGACCAUCACGACAACCGCGCUUGUAGCCUCCCCCUGUCUACCCCCGAACGACAAUAGCCGUUACACGACGCUGCCUAGCGGCGACGGUAGUGCUAGGGAGACCAUAGUCGCGCACAACGCGAUGGUAGACCGUAAGCACGACGCCAGGAAGGUAAGGUCCAGAGUCAAGAGCUUGAUAGUCGAUGGCUUGCACUCUAUCAUGCACAACGAGCACUGCAAAUCGCUUCGCUGCGCUUUUCUUAGCACGCAUCACUCUAACGCACCGACGCAGCUUUGCUCUAACGAACCUGUUUUGCAAUCAUUCAACAUGAACUCGGGAGAGUUUUCGGUUACUGUCUCUCUCUCUUCCUCAGCCUCGAACAAGCUCUUCUACGAAAAUCCCUGCUUCGAUGUGUCCCAUGACGAGAACGUUCACUGCGUUGCUUUCCCGCGUAGGAAAUUUCUAAAAAACGCCGAACAUUCGUCUUCCUCAUCCUUUCUUGGAGACGAAUUUUCUAAAGAUUGUCAGAACUCCUUUCACGCCGAAGGCGAAAAUGAUGAGAUGAUCUCUUCCUCUUUUUCGACAACGAUCGGUGAUCAUACGCGCUCGGUUAAUUUAUCUUUGUCCGAGGACAAAGGUAUCGCAAAUUCAUCGGAAUGUCUUCUUGCGGAUUUUGAAAAUGAAAUCCCAGAGAUUACUCCUUCCGACUGGCCGGAAAAGAUUACCACGCGUGAACAGAAUCCUUCAUUGCCCGAUGUCUCGUUUCUCAAAUUUGCCGACACUCCGACCCAAUUGUCCUUUAUCCAAGAGAGGAAUCAGAAUUCUCGGAAUUCCUUGCACGAGCUAUCCUCCGCGAAGCGUCCCGUCGUGCGUCAUCUAAACUUCAAUGACGUUUCCGACGAUUUCCAACGUUCGCAAAAGGAGGAGGAACUGCACAAUCGUAGCGAUUCCCCGAAUACGCAGAAUCGGAAAAAUUUGAGCUUGUCCUUCGAGUACAAAUCGUGUUCCAAGUUGCCGAACGUUCCGACCGACAACGACGCGAAAUUUCGCGUUUGUCGGAGGAGCAUGUCGGAUAUCUCGAAUUUAACGGCUGUUCGGAUUCGCUUUUUGCUCUCUCUUCGCGAUCCUGUCCGCAACCCGAAAAUCUCGCGUCGCAUCACAGUAGGACAGAACGGAAGGGACCAACCGAUGACGACUUUGCACGAUUCUGAUGGAUGUACAAAGCGGAGCUCGAGACUGUCAAACGAUCGCAUUUUGAAGAGUUAUACGCGCGAAUCGGCGCACGUCGACUCCCUCGAACAGGCCGGUCUCAACGGGGUCAAACCUGCCAUCCCGCCUCGCGAACAGAAAAGGGCGCCGGCCAGACCACCGAAGGAUAAUCUACGUCUUUCUACGCAGAAUAAUAAUGUCGAAACCAGCGAUAACGCCAACACCACCGAGCCGACGCAGCAACAGCUUCACUCUAUCAGGAAAUAUCAGGAACAGUUACGGAAACGAAAGGAUGAGGAGGAAAGACAGGAGAUGCUCAGCCGUUCUCUCCGUGGAUCUAAAAAGCUCCAAGCCUUGGAGAGCCACGCGACGAGUCUUGCUGGUCAGGAAAAUCUUGCCUACGCACAGGAUGAGGUGACCACCGUCAGCCGGAUCACUCAUGCCACUCCUAAUGCGAUACAAGAAGUGAAGGAGCCUCCUAAAACCCUCACGUAUGGCGAAGUGGUUGCUACACUGGAAAGGCUGCAGCUCCAGCUACAAAAUAUUUCAGGUGCUCUUGGAAUUUCGGGUCCAGGUGUCGAAACCGAACUGAAGGCAGUUCGCGCACUUUUGGUGCAAAAUCAAUUUGCGUCUGCUCUGGCGACGCGUCACGCUUUGAAAAAUCGGCUGAGGGCGGGCAAGACUCUCAAACAUCACGCCGAUGAUGCGUCGAGUUUGGCGCGAGAUUGCGUGGAUAUCUUGGAAAAAUGGCAAUUGUCAGCGACUUCAACAGGUGUCGGCAGCGCAGAAACAAUAGCUGCUGUGGAAGAGUUAACGAACAUUCUAACGAGUUACGACAUGGAAGCUUUGCUUCUCGCGCACGACUCCAUUGUCUCGUACGUGGACGGUUUGCAAAGGAAGCGGAGCCCGUCAUCUUCACCGCCCAGCGGUCCGCCGAGUCCGACGUCCAGCUGGAAAGAUUCUCGGAUGGUCGACAACAUUAAAAUCAUUCGAAUCGAGAAAACUAAUGAACCGCUGGGUGCUACCGUCAGAAACGACGGAGACGCGGUGAUUAUAGGACGUGUUGUGCGCGGUGGAGCGGCGGACAAGUCGGGACUCCUGCACGAGGGCGAUGAGGUUCUCGAGGUAAACGGUGUGGAAAUGCGCGGCAAGACUGUAAAUGAGGUUUGCGAUAUUCUCGCUGGCAUGCAGGGUAGUCUCACGUUCUUGGUACUUCCGAAACAGACGAGUCACAGAAAUAAUUUAAGGAGGGAAGACACGACACAGAUACACAUACGAGCGCAUUUUGAUUACGAUCCAGAGGAAGAUCUUUAUAUACCUUGUCGAGAAUUAGGCGUAAGCUUCCAAAAGGGCGAUAUACUUCACGUAAUUUCCCAAGAGGAUCCGAACUGGUGGCAAGCAUAUCGAGAGGGCGAAGAGGAUCAGACUCUGGCCGGUCUGAUACCUAGCAAAGCGUUCCAGCAUCAACGAGAAUCCAUGAAGCAGACAAUAGCCGGUGACAAGUCAACGGUGCGAGGCUCGAAGAAAUCUAGCACGCUAUUGUGCGCGAGAAAAAAUCCAAAGAAGAAGAAAAGGAAUAAGUUUGGUGCGAACUUCAAUGACGACGGAUACCCUCUUUACGCGACAACUGCCAUAGAUGAUUACGACAGCGAGGAGGUAUUGACAUACGAAGAAGUCGCCUUAUACUAUCCUCGUGCAAAUCACAAAAGGCCAAUUGUACUUAUCGGACCUCCUAAUAUUGGGCGACACGAACUCAGGCAAAGAUUAAUGCAAGACAGCGAACGUUUUGCCGCAGCGAUACCUCAUACAAGUCGUCCGAAAAAGGAUUCCGAGGUCGACGGUCAAGACUAUCACUUUAUUUCACGUGCUCAAUUCGAAUCUGAUAUUCUUUGUCGUAAGUUUGUCGAGCACGGCGAGUAUGAGAAAGCGUAUUACGGCACGUCCGUGGAGGCCAUCAGGACAGUGGUUAAUUCCGGAAAAAUCUGUGUCUUAAAUCUACAUCCCCAGAGUCUCAAGAUCCUGCGAAAUUCGGAUCUGAAGCCGUAUGUUGUGUUUAUCGCGCCUCCGAGUCUCGAGAAGCUGAGGCAGAAGAGGAUUAAAAAUAACGAAAGCUUCAAGGAAGAGGAGUUGAAGGACAUAAUCGAGAAAGCGCGCGAGAUGGAGGAUAAAUAUGGUCACCUGUUUGACAUGCUUAUAGUGAAUAACGAUACCGAUCGAGCGUAUAACCAAUUACUCACGGAGAUUAACUCACUCGAGAGAGAACCCCAAUGGGUGCCUGCGUCUUGGGUUCUUCAGUAACUAUGCGGUCUUACGCUUUAAGACGAGGAUUUCCGAGAGCGUGUCUCGGAGGGAAUCGGCGAUCGGAGGCCAGUAUUGCGGUCAUCUGUUUGCAAGACAAGUGCUUUUAAGCAAUCUUCCAAGCAAGACUUUGCUAGAAUGCUUCGGUGAACCGGUUCUUCUACAGGUGCCUGUUACAUAGUUUUAUGUUUCUUACGCGAAUCUUUUAAAUCUUCCUCCUCUCCGGUUAUACUGUAUUGCAAGUACUAUUCGCCUGACAGAGUCUUCCGCGUGUGUUGUCGUACUUUGGUGCCAUGAAAUAAAGAAUCAUCGGAAGCAGUCUUUGAAUGAGAGAUAAAAAGAGAAAAGGGGGAGAAUAGAACAAAUAUAUCUGCAAGAAAUUCUCACAUUUUUACAGACUAUUCUCCCAGACUUUGCGUUUGAUAUAAAAACAAAAAUAUAUAUCGUGUUUUUAUGUAUCACCGUGGUAGAGAACGUUCGCGAGGCUCGGUCGCGUCAACGAUGUUUCGAAUUUGAGUAACGUGUAAUCAAAUUACGGACGAUCGUCGGCCGAAAAACUUUUAAGUUUAAGUUAAGCUCGAAAUUCGAACACGGUUGCUGCGGCUUGGGCCUAUCUAUCUUAACGUCUCAAAAUCAAUUCAAGCCGAGAGACGUUCGUACGGAAUUUCCGAAGUAUAUAUUUACGGGGUUAUAUUCUCAGACUGACAAACGGUUAACUAUUAUAGACACGCGAAUAUACAAAAGCAUCAUCUCGCGAUGCGCCAAAGCACAUCUGCCGAGCGUCUCGCUCCUUCUAUUAACCCGUGAUUCUACGUGAAGAAGUGUACCUGACCUGAUGUCUCUCCUAAAAGUUGAAAAAUUUCUAACGGGGGCUCGUGAAAAAACGUUAAUUUUCUAUGAUCAUGCAUUUACAUAUACACACGUAUACGUUUUGAUAAAUUUUGAUAAGUGAAAAAAAAAACGAACUUUCUCAGACCUAUCCAAAGAAAUUUCAUUCAACGUAGCGAAUGUAAUAAACGAUAUUAAUAUAAAUAUCGCGCAAAUUCGCGUAGAUUUAGUUUUUCUUGCGAAUAUGUAUAUCAUACAUUGCAUUUAACUUCCGUAAAACGAUCAUAGAGAGUCGCAUGUCUUUUCACGUGACCGUUGAUUAGAAAUUUUCUGCCAAUUCUGCUAUAUUCUAAUAUCCGCAAACGGAAGCUGUUGUUGUAAAGAGAAAAAAAAGAAAGAGAGGAAGAAAAAAAAGAAAAGAAAACAUACGAAACGAUGAUCUCACGAGCAUAACGAUACACAAUAUAUUUCUUCGAACGCAAGAGGAAACGUGUCUGCGAUCUCGAAGAAGACUGCGAAACUCGCUAACAUGUUUUACCGUUUUCGCCCUAGACGAUUCCGUGUUUGUUUAGAGAGCAGAAACUCGUGUCUUUCUAACCCGUAGAUUCGUUAAACGCAAUAGAACUUAGGCUCGACUGUGUGGUUCCGGAAAUGGAAGAGCUCUCGGAAAUUUCGCAUAAAAAAAAAAACGAUUUUUUCUCUUGAGUGUUUUUUUACAGGGAGCGAUUAUUAUACGACGCGAUCGAAUAGGGUAAAAGAUGUUUAUCUGUGUCAGUGUAUCGCUACGAAUAGAAAAAAAUCGACGCGAAAUAAAAAAGAAAAAAAAAUAAAUAAAAGAGUAUAGUAUAUAUAGAGAGAAACCAUCGCGGCGUUUCGUUCGAAAAUUUAAACGGUAAAUGUGCGGUAAAUGCAUCGUAGCAAGUGUGCGAUGUGUGUCUUGCAGGUAUCCUUGCGUUAGCAAUAAUUGUGUAUUAUCAGAAAGAAAAGUAACUCGUUUCUCCGUUUUUUUUUCAAUGACUUUACGACACCGACAAACUCUCGGCGAAUGAUGUGUCGUUCAGUACGAGAAUAGAGAGACGAACAGGUGGGCUACUGUAUCGCGAUUAGAUCAACCGUAUAACAUUAGUCUCGAUUCAGAGAAAAAAGAAAAGAUAGAAGAGAAUACACUAAAUUCAAUGUGAAACAGUUGUAAGUUGCAAACGCGCGAGAUGUAGAGAUGUUCUUUCGGUAAAAAAAAAAAAAAAAUUAUUAUUUCCAUUUUUAGGUAUUUAAAAUCGAUCUUUUCAAGAGAAAGUUAGAGAGAGAAGGAGAGAGCCAAUCAAUGCAUGCGACCGUCAUUUAAAAUCGUGUGCCAAGUAUCAGAACCGCGUAUGAAAAAAAAAAGAAGCUGAGAUGUGCCAAAUAUAUAAAUUCUGGAUUUUUUCCAGAGGAUCCAAGUUUUAAAACGCGCUCAAAGGCACCUUAGAAUUUGUCAUUAUAUUGAUUAUGUAAAUAAUUGUGCACUUGUAUAGAAAAGAGAGAACGUGAGAGGCAAAAGUGGAAGGAUAUAGUUAUUCUUGCGAAAAUUAUUAUUAUUAUUUUUUUAAUUAUUAUUAUACUCAAAUUACUAUUAUUAUUAUCAUGAUUGUAUCAUCGUUAUUCCGUGCUACUUUGUCGAAUGAUCAUGAUAAACAAUUGUUGAUCCCGCGAUCCUCUACGUAAUGUGUCUGGAAUCUAAUCGGCGAAUCAAAUUUUUGACAGCAGAUGUUUGCUCGUUUGGCAAACUUGUACGGUGGUUGAUUAUGUCGCAAUUACGAUUGUUAUACAUCUGAUUCUUAUUGCCGUCAUGAUUAUGUAAACAAAUACAUGUAAACAUAAUAACAACGGUGAAAGUAUGUACAUUAUUA